AUGUCGUCCUCCCUUGCCUCCGCGGUCCAUGCUCCCCCUCUCGAGGCCCGUAUCCACCACACACGUCCCAAUCCCCAGCUCCCCACCCCUACCGACGAGCAUACCGACACUCUCCCACCCUCCUAUGCGUCCCUGCCCCGCGCACCUCAUUCGUCGCAGUACAUGUCAAGCCCCCGCGCAGCCACUAUUGACUCGCACGCCGAAAAGCAGGCAUUGCGCGAUGCACAGAGGAGAAUGGACAGCGAAGUAGAGAGGAACAGGGGACACUUGUCCCCCACAAGACUGCCGCCCGAGAGCAUAGACCCGAGAGAGUCGGCCAGUCUGCACGACGGGCAGGACAACCGCCCUCCCAAUGGUACCGGCAACUCGAAUUCUCACUCGGGGUCCAACUCCACUGGCUCCAGGGGCGGAGGCAGUAGUAUACGGGGACCAGCGACUGCUGGAGGUUCACCACAUCCCCGCACAUCUACUAAUUCGCGAAGAGAAAGUCAAGAUCAGCAGUCGGUUGCGGGAGGCGCCAGCACUACUGGAAGACUCUCUACAGACAACCUGCAGGUCGGACACCGAGGGCUGCUUCCUUCUGGACUGGAUGUGCAGGAUGCGCUCGCCAAGUGCGAAGAUCCAACACUUGGAUGGAGUUUACAUUUUUGGGUUACGCUAGCUGAUCCCCUAACGCAACACGUUUUCUUUGCCAACCCUGCCUCGGGGCAGUGUAGCUGGGAUCCUCCUGUCGGAGCGUUUGUUGUUCCAAGGUCUCCGGAAGGAGAGUGGUGGGAGCUCGCAGACUCUACAAGGAGCAACCGGUCAUACUACUACAACACUUUGACAGGCAAAACACAAUGGACGCGGCCAGGUGGAAGCGCGUUCGUGAUCCCCUUGGGAUUGAUCCAGGCGAGUUGUACUCUUACACCUACCAUUGUCAUAAUGAGGCUUACUUCUCUCCAGCGAAACGCUCUGCCGGCGCGCCCCAAGAACAACAGCAACGCCCGACUGGCCACCUCAGCGUCCACCUCCCGUCUCCCAACAAUCCCCGAUCCGACCACUCCCUCCCGAGAACGUCACUAUACGACGCAAUCCGUUCAGACGACUCCCAGCAAGACGCCCAGUGAAGGAAUCCCCAUCCCGCUGUAUUCACCCGCUCCGAGCCACAACGCCAUGCCCACUACUCCCUCAUCUUCAAGGAUCUUUGAGAAUGGCUAUGCCAACGGAAACAGCCACAAUGGCGUUCCCGACUCACCCAUGUCGAUGCCUUCUACCUCCCCGCAGAAGCCCCAAUUUCAUACUACGCUUCGCUCUUUGCCUGUGCUUGAAGAGACCGAGUCUCACACUGGAAGCUUGACCACAGCAGGGGAAGGCGGUACGGGUAGCGGAAGCGAUGCCGAUAGAAGCGACAAUGGUCUGGGGACAAGUGGAUGGUGGGACAAGAGAAGGAGUAAGGCGUGGGGCAGAAAAAAGUCAACCGAGAGCAGAGAUAAAGGAAAGGGAAAGACGCCGAGUAGGGCACUCAGUGGGGAUAGGCUGCAGACGAGCACUACUUCGAACUCGAAUAACCCAACAGCUGUGUCCCCAUCAAAGGUGAGCGCGGUGCUCAACUCGGUCAGUGCAAAUCUGCCCAAGGACAUGCCUCUUGAGCCUAUAUAUGUCGAGACUCCUGGACAAGCGUCCAUGAGGACCAAGCGAAUGAGCACUGGCCUUCACCCUUUACUGCCCCUUGAGAUUACCUCGCAAAUACAAUCCUUCCAGAAAGAUGACUUUUCCAGAAAGUACUUUGCCAUUAAGCGCACUGGAUUCCUGAGAACGCGCAUACCUGUUGACCGAAUCAUGGAAUGGCAAAGGUCCCCUAUCACCUCCUCUCUACUCGUCCUGUCUGAUAAGAGUCUCAACAAGGAAGCUGUAAAGAGUUUCAAAGUCAUUCAACAUGUGAUGGGCGAAAGGGAUAGGGGAGUGGAAGGCGCUAGACCAACACAAGCCGGAAGUAGUGGGCUGGCUUUGAACUCCUCCCUCAGAGGUCAGGGCUCUGCGUCAGGCGAAGAGUCUGGCCAGGCUGGUGAACUUGGAGUGAGGCCUGGGCUCAAUCAAAGUGUGCGAAACUUUGGUGGGUCAGACGCUGGCGGCCAGCAGGCAAGGAGCGAGAAGAUAUUGGUGCUUGAGGAGAUUAGAUGGUUGAUCCAGUUGGCGGUGGCGCAGGUAGAGAUGAGGGACGAAGUGUAUAGCCAAGUCGUCAAGCAGUUGACCAGAAACCCCGAUCAUGAUUCUGUGGUAUUGGGUUUCCAACUGGUUUGUGUCUUUGUGAAUGCGUUCGGGCCCACCAAGAACUUUGAGCCAUUCGUCAAGAACUUUUUAGAAAAGCACCUCAGUGACCAACGUGAUGGAAUUGGGAUCAUGGCAAAGUAUUCCAUGACCAAGAUCGAAGCACUCUCCACCAAGGGCGGUCGCGCUAAAUCUCUGACUGUCGGCGAAAUUGAACAUGCCUCUGACGCAGCCUUCUACCCCUCCAUAUACGGCGAAUCACUUGCCCGGAUCAUGGACCUCCAAAAGAAAUCUUACCCUCAGCUCAAGGUUCCUGUGGUCCUCCCAUUCUUGGCGGACGGGAUUUUGGCGCUGGGUGGCAUGGAGAGCGAAGGGGUGUUUAGAGUUCCGGGAGACGGCGAUUGUGUGGCAGAGUUGAAAAGUAGGAUGGACAGAGGUCACUAUCAACUGAAAGGCAUCGACGACCCUCACGUGGCAGCCUCCCUUUUCAAGCUAUGGCUACGUGAACUGGAAGAACCCAUCAUUCCGACAACGCUUUACAAUGACGCCCUUCUCGCUUCACGCUCGUACGCAGAAGUGUUUGACAUUGUCCAGAGAUUACCACUGUAUAACAAGAGAGUCUUGGUGUUUGUUGUCAGCUUUGUGCAGAUGUUUUUGAAGGCGGACGUUGUAAAGCAGACCAAGAUGGGCCCGUUGAACCUGGCGCUCGUCCUUGCUCCCAAUAUCCUGCGCACCACUUCUGAUUCUCUGGUCACUGUCUUUACAAACUCCAGCUUCGAGGCCAAAUUCAUCCUGCAGCUAUUGGAAAACAUGAAACCGGGAGAGAUUGACCCAGAUUACGUGCCGAUACAUGGGUUAGGGGAGUAG